AUGGCCGCGAACCCAUUCAAACCAGCCCUCAUCAUAGUCGACUUCCAAGAAGACUUCUGCCCGCCUAACGGCGCCCUCGCAGUCCCGUCAGGCCGCGCCAUCGCCAACCUCAUAAACUCCCUCCUCGCCCUCCCCUUCGCCCUCAAAAUCGCCACCCGCGACUGGCACCCCCCGGCCCACGUGUCCUUUGCAAGCAACCACCCGUCAGCCGCGCCAUUCACAUCCCGCGCCGCGAUACACCACCCCUCGGACCCGUCCCGGUCGUACACGACAACCCUCUGGCCCGUCCACUGCGUCCAGGACACCCCCGGCGCGCAGCUCGUUCCCGAACUCGACCUCUCGCGGGUCCACCUGGUCGUCGACAAGGGUCAGGAUCCCCGCGUGGAAAUGUACUCUGCGUUCCACGACCCCUUUCGUGUCAGUGACAGCGGCUUGGCCAGCAAGUUGAAGGACCACCACAUCACUCACGUCUACGUCGUCGGUCUGGCCGCCGACUUUUGCGUCAGAGCCACCGCCCAAGAUGCUGCUGAUCAAGGCUACAAGACCUACAUCGUCGAGGAGGCUACCAAGCCCGUCAUGCCCGAUACCUGGGAGCAAUGCAAGCAGGGUAUUAUGGCAGGCGGGGUCGAGAUCAUACCAAUACACGGCGACCAGGUUGCAAGAGUAAAGGCCCUUUAG